AGGCGGGGACGAUGCCCGGGACCCUCCGCCCGCACCUGCUCCCGCUUCUGCUCCCGCUGCUCCCGCUCCUGGAGGCCGCGCCGCUGCCGCAAACAGGGGAAAUAGCUGCUGCUGAAGUUUCCUUCUCGUUUGUGAUUCUGACCGUUUGCAGUUUGUUAGCAUUGGUAGUGUUGAUUGUGAACUGCGUAUCCUGCUGCAAAGAUCCCGAAAUAGACUUCAAGGAGUUUGAAGAUAAUUUUGAUGAUGAAAUAGAUUUUACACCACCAGCAGAAGAUACACCCUCUGUUCAAUCCCCAGCAGAAGUUUUUACGCUGUCUGUUCCCAGUAUUUCUUUACCAGCUCCAUCCCAGUGUCAGCCUUCUACAGAGGGAUUGAAGUCUCAAAUCGCCCGCCAGAGUCUAAACUAUAUCCAGGAAAUUGGAAAUGGCUGGUUUGGGAAGGUUCUGCUUGGAGAGAUCUAUUCAGGUUCCAGUGUAGCAAGAGUAAUUGUGAAGGAACUAAAAGCAAGUGCAAGUCCCAAGGAGCAAGAUUGCUUUCUGAAAAAUGGAGAGCCUUAUUAUAUUCUGCAGCAUCCAAAUAUUCUGCAGUGUGUUGGACAGUGUGUGGAAGCCAUCCCUUAUCUUCUGGUGUUUGAAUUCUGUGACUUGGGUGACCUAAAAGCUUAUCUGUGCAAUGAACAAGAACAUAUUAAUGGGGAAUCACAAAUAAUGCUGCUCCAGAGAAUGGCAUGUGAGAUCGCUGCUGGACUUGCUAUAAUGCAUAAACAUCACUUUGUCCAUAGUGACUUGGCCUUACGUAAUUGUUUUCUUACAUCUGAUUUAAAUGUCAAAGUAGGAGAUUAUGGAAUUGGAUUCAGCAGGUACAAGGAGGAUUAUAUCGAAACAGAAGAUAAAAAGGUUUUCCCUCUUCGAUGGACGGCACCAGAACUGGUGACUAGCUUCCAAGACAGACUGCUAACAGCAGAUCAAACCAAAUACAGUAACAUCUGGUCUCUGGGUGUGACGCUUUGGGAACUUUUUGAUAAUGCUGCUCAACCUUAUUCUCACCUGUCAAAUGGCGAAGUCCUAAAUCAGGUCAUAAAAGAGAGGGACACAAAGCUCCCCAAACCGCAACUGGAGCAGCCUUAUUCUGACAGAUGGUAUGAAGUUUUACAGUUCUGCUGGCUCCUCCCAGACAAGAGACCAACGGCAGAAGAAGUACACAGACUACUAACUUAUCUCCGUAUGCAAAGCCAAAGGGACCCCGAAGUUGAUUUUGAGCAGCAGUGGAAUGCUCUUAAACCAAACCCAAGUAACAGGGAGACUUCAAAUAAUGCUGCAUUUCCGAUCCUUGACCAUUUUACUGGCGAUAGACUCGGUCGUGAAAUGGAAGAGGUUCUCACAGUAACUGAAACGAGUCAGGGCCUCAGCUUUGAGUACGUUUGGGAGGCUGCUAAGCAGGAUCACUUUGAUGAAUGUAAUCAGGUCAACCCUGAUGAGGCCAUGUCUUAUACAAGCAUCUUCUUCCCUGUGGAAGUCUUUGAAAGUUCACUCUCAGAGCCUGGAUCUGGGAAGCAAGAUGAAAGUGGCCAGCAACUACCACUCAAGGCACCUGGGGUGGUCCCUGUUUUUGAUGCCCACAAGCUUUCCGUUGGAAACGAUUACUACAUCCAGUUAGAAGAAAAAAGCAGUGGUAGCUUGGACCUCGAUAACCAUUCUGCAAUUCUCACGACGGAAGUGGACAGUUCAGAAGCUCUUCACGAGAAGAGUUCGCAAUUUUCGCUGCUCAGGGAUCUUGAUGCUGAGGAGUCCAAUUCAGAGGGAGAGUUUUUCCACUACAAUGUUGAUUGUAAAGACUCUAGUGUACCAGAUGACUUCCACCUUGCCAGUGACCCUGAGAGCCCUUUCAAUAAUAUAUUUAAUGAUCUUGAUAAAUCAGAGGAUUUGCCCAGUCACAGAAAAAUAUUUGAUUUAACAGAGCUAAAUGGUAUCCAUGCUGAAUUUAAACCGACAAUUUUAAGCUCAAGCCUUGAUAUGUCCAAAGAUGCAGGAGUCGCUGGCUGCUUUGAGAAAGAAAAUUCACGUCAGUUUUUCGACCAUGAGGCUGUUUGCUUACCUGAAUCCCUUGUCUACCAAGAUGACUUUGACUCUUUGAAGGUCAAGGAGUUAUCUGAAAAUUUUUCGUUUCUUCAAGAGAAGAACUUAUUACAGGGCACGUUAUCUAGUAAAGACCAUGAAAGUAAUCUCCAAGCAGAAUUAGAGAAUGCAAGUUUGGCUCACAAUAUAUUGGAUGUUCCAUAUAAAAAUUCCUCAGACAACCAGCUUAAUUUGGCUGAAAGUGCACCAAUCUUCUCUUUGUUCCAGGAUCAUUUGAAAGGUACAAGGAAGGAUGAGUACAGCGUGACUGAGGAUAAAAGUUCAGGUGUUCUAUUGCAGUCUUCUCCAGAAACGCAGAUGUCUUCUGUCUCAUUGGAAAUGGAAGAAAAGCCUCAAGAUUCGUAUCAAAGCAUGUCCCUGUUUCAAGAUGAAACAACACCUUUGGCUUUGGGAGUCAACACCCUUGAUGUUGGCCUCUCCCAAGAAAGAAAUGCAGGCACUCAGGUGGACCCUAUUGACAUUGUUUCUAGUGGUGCCAAAACCCAAAAUGUGGCAGAUGUGUUACAUGAUAAGGCCCCCAACUCUGAAGAGGACCCGUCAAAAAUCCAAAAUGAGGACGUCACCCUGGGUGAAAUCAGUCUGGGUGAGGAGGAAUGUCUCCAAGAAGGAGAGAGCUGUGAUUUGCAAAUCAAGUCCCUUUUAGGAGACCACCAUGUUGGAUGUUUACUAGAGAAACAGCAUGAUGCAGGGACUUCAGAUCUCCCUGAUUGUAGAGAGGCUUCCAAAGAGACAGGUGUGGUGUCUGUCCUUUCUUCAGACUCAGCAAGCCAAGACAGUGUGCUGGAGGACAGCUUAUUGGUGCCCAGUCAGACUCUGGAACAAGCUGCAGAAACUCCAGACUCUCUGGAUUCAGAAGACGCCCAAGGGAUCUUAGAUAGCUUGGGGACUCAGAGUCCUCAGAAACUUGUGCCACCCGAUAAACCUGCCGAUAGUGGCUAUGAAACGGAGAACCUGGAGUCUCCCGAGUGGACUUCACAUCCCGCUGUUGAUGAUGAUGCUGCAAACCCAGAUGCUCCCCAAGCUGGUGCCGAUGACAGCAGCGCUGGUUCUCUGCCUCCCAAUCCGGUUAUCGUUGUUUCAGACGAAACAGACAGCAGCACAGGUUUAGAAACGACCUCCAAGGCUUUCGCCAGCACUACUCAGACUUCGUAUCGGGACUCAGCGUAUUUUUCAGAUAACGAUUCUGAGCCCGAUAAGAAAUCAGAAGACGUCACAGCCGCAUCAAGCUUGCCGUUAACAAAAGAUCCGCCGUGUAGCAGUCCGUCUGCUCCGGAGCAAAGUAUCGAGGCCAAGGACAGUUGUUUGGAAGAGAUGAGGAACCAGCCAAAGCAACCUGGUUGGGAGAGGUUGGACUCAGAGCAAGCAACACCUCUUCCCUCCCAAGUUUCUGCUGCCGAUCAAAAAGAUGAAAGUCCUUCUGUGCCGGUGACAAACUCCGAAUGUAGCUAUAAUGAAGGAACGGAGGCGCAAGAUGAUUAUCAGAGCAACCUCACUUCCACGGGCACCAACACGAACGAGCUGUUGGAAUACAUGAGGUCCACCCUUCACGUCGCUGACCCUUCUCUUCCAGAAAAUGCCUCCCUUGCAGCAACAGACUCUUCAGGGGGUAAAUCUUUUCAGUGCCAUCAUCCAGAGGGGCCUAAGCUGAAGGAGCCAGAUGUGGAAGGAAAAUACCUUGGAAAACUUGGCGUUGCGGGAAUACUGGAUAUAUCAGAGGAUGGUAUGGAUGCAGAUGAAGAAGAUGAGAACAGUGAUGAUUCUGAUGACGAUCUAAGAGCUUUCCACCUUCAUAGCCUCAGCUCUGAAUCUGAAGAUGAAACGGUUCAUCCGGUGCCGGUGAUCCUCUGCGAUAAUGAUGACGGGAAACACUUACGGAGUUUACUGAAACUUCCUAAACCCACCACUAAUGAGGAGCAGCCUGACGACUGUGAAAAAGACAGAAAGGCAGUGACGUUCUUUGAUGAUGUCACAGUCUAUCUGUUUGAUCAGGAAACUCCAACCAAAGAGUUGGGACACAGUGCAGCAGAGGCAAGCAAGGGAGAUGCCAUCCCGACUUCAGGGCCUCAUUUCUUGAGCAGAUUUACAAAUUCGGAGAGUUCAACUGAUGAAGAAGGUGGUGGUUUUGAAUGGGAUGACGACUUCUCUUCUCCAGAUCCCUUUAUGGGAAAAGCAGCAAACAGUCUCAUUAGCUCCCGGGCCUCUCUUCAGCCAUCAAAAUACUUCUCUCCUCCACCCCCGUCCAGGAGUCUGGAGCCAAGUUGGUCUAAUGCAUCUCCAUAUUCCAGAUUCUCGAUUUCACCUGCCAAUAUUGCAAGUCUUUCUCUCACUCACCUUACUGACUCAGAUAUUGAACAAGGAGGAAGCAGCGAAGAUGGAGAAAAAGAUUAAAUGAGUAAAAACCCAUUCCGACUGGAAUCGCUCACGUAACGCAGCAUGUCCACGCUGGGUUUGCUGUUAAAUGUCAGUAAACGUCCUUGUAUACGGAGAGGUCCAUUGCAAACCUGUGGGAAGAGAACACCAAUUUCCAAAAAUUGGAAGGAAAGUGACUACUGAAAGAACAUCAAAUUGGGAUAUUUGAUGUGUACUUUACUUGGUAAUGUCUCUCUUAAUCAGUGCAAUUUGCUUUUCAUUUGGAAGAGGUGAUUCUGCAAGCUGUUUUCUAUACUUGAAGUAUUACGUCUUCAGGUAACUGUUAUUUAUAACAAACUCGUUAUGCAGUUACACUGCCUUCUAGUUAUGUAUGGGAUUGUAUCAUAUUCUUUUUAUAUUUUUCCAUGUAGGUUAUUGUAUUUGAACAUAAACUUGCCGUAGAAUUGUAUAUAAUUGUGUCUGUGCAACAGGUGGACGUGUCGCUGAAACGUGUAUGAAUGGUAGUCGCUCGGUAGUGAAUCAUAUUUAUUCUUCGAAAGAAAUCACUUAUUACGUAUUACAGUACUUUGCUUUCUGUAAUUGCACUCUGGAUAAUUGUUCCCAGAUUCCCCAACUUUGUACAGACUUGAAAUCCUAAAUUAUUCAAGGAAUAUAAGGCAAGUCAAGGUGGUAGAUUUGGCUGGUCUUGCUCCUGUUUUACAUUUCGUUGGUUCUGCAUGGUACUUGUGAAGCUGAAAUGCUUUCUGGAUGUUACGCUGUCCUCAAAAUUGCUAGGCUUGUACAUAUGGUACCAUUUCCAAUUGCACAUGAUUCUGAAUGUUACAAGUCUUCAUGUUUUUAUAGGAAAUCUUUUUGAGAAGUCUGAAAUACUGCUCCGGAUUACUGAAUCAAACGGUUUUUUUAUUUCUGCUUCUGAAGGUAAUGACUACAGCGAGUCCUACUUCUCCCAGUUGGAGGGGCUUUUGGCCGCUCCGUUUUGACUCCCUUUUCUGAGUGGCUGGCUGGGAGAUUUUAACCCUCCAGGACAGAAAAGCAAAGCAGAGAUGUCAGGGCUCUUUGAACCCCUGACACCCUGCUGAGAUCGCUCCCAGAGCAUUCCUUACUCCCUGCUGAUCGAAGGUGGACCCUCUGCUGUAUCCCUGGAUCUUCUUUUCCAUCACCAUCGGUACUGAAUGCUGUUCUGGUGAAGCGAGGAUUAUUCAGUCGGAGGCUUAAUAAUCGUGUCGUGAAAGUCCCCCAAAGUGGGCUUUUCCUCGUUGACCUGGAGCUGGCCCUUGAAAGCUAGCCAGGAAAUUGAACCCAGGUCUCGAUUGCUGCUGGCUUUGCCCCGGUGGGUGUCCAUUUGAGUCUUUCGAAUGAACGGUCCCGAAUUGAGCCCGCUUUAUCACCUCCACCUGCAGCAGCCGGGUUUUGUGCCUAUGAAAUGCACUUUGCAGCUGCAGUGUGGGGCAGUGUGCGGUGGUGGAGGAAGGGGGGUUGUAACUGUUAGAUACCACUAGCUCAGUAUUGUAGAGCACCAAAAUACAUGGGUUCAUAGCUAAGGACGUUCCAGUUUUUGUUGUGGACUGGGCGGGAACUUUGGGAGCCGAUAAGAGUUCGAUUAGAUGGAUCAUGUUUAUGAACCCACCCCUGGACUCGUGAAAGGGUUAUUUCUGGCUGGAUUUAGCUCCAAACUAUUGCUGCUUUUUGCUAGUUAAAGCACUUGUCUUUGAGAGGACUGAAAUUUAUCAGAAAGCAACUGCUUAUUUCAGGGGCUUGUGGGUGUAUGUGUGCGUAUGUGUGUGUAUUUGUUCCUAGCACCUAAAAACAGAUUCCGCGUUCAUCUUUCCAAGUUAACGUUGGCCGCAGGUCAGCCCCGAUGUUCAAAUGUCCAAAUUUAAAAAGCUUACAGUUGCCAAGAUGCAUGUUGUUGUGCUGAAUAAAAAGGUUGGGUUGACCGUGAAGCUAUUUAUUAAAAGGGAAAAUUUGCAGAUCACAGUUUUGCAGUUAACUCCAUGGCAAGUAUAGUGAGUACUUUUCAAACACUGAUCGUUAUUACAAAGAGCCUUACUGUUCUUAUUAUAUUUUUAUAGUCUGUACCAUCAUGGCUUGAAUACCAUGGUUAAAAAAUUCAUAAAAAUCAGCAUGCUUGAACACUUGAAAAUAUGAUAAACCUACUUCAGUAAUGCAAAUUUUCUAAAGUCUGUGAAUACGUAUUUUCAGAGAUAUUGUGACUUGCUGUAUCACUUCUUGUUUACUUCCAGGUAUCUUUUAUAGUAGCACUAAAUUUCCAAAAGAAAAUUUCCACCAGAGGAUAAACGAGCAUUCUCGGCCCACUAUAUUGUGUGUACACUAAAUAUUGCAGGAGUAACUCAAGAAUAUGUAAUCCCAAGUUGUAUCCCAUGUAUAUAUUUCAGAAAAUAUCCUCCUGGGCAUUAGGGGAAUUAAUCAUCGGUUCAUAAUUCCUUAUUUUGGGGAAUUCUUGAGCUAUGCCCCCGUCAAAUGAAAUGUCUGUAGCUAAACACUGAUCCAAAUCAGGUAAGGCGUUGAGGGUCUGUUCCACUUGAGUUUUUUUUUUUCCUUUUUAAUGUAAAUCUGACCAAACAGAUCCUAAGCAUAUAAAGUCAUGUAAACAACCCUAGGAUUUUUUUUGUCAGCUUUUGGAGGGUAAAUUUUUCAUCAUGAUCAAAAAUUUUAGCCAAGCAGCUUCUAUUCAAUAACUUUAUUCUUUGGGCUGCAAAGGAACCUAUAUCUCUGGGUCUGAAAGACUUCUAUAAUUGCCAAAAAUACAUUUUUACAUUGUUGGAUGUAGCUGGGAUUUGAUGGCAUUAUUAUAAAAUUGAUUAUAGUGUCGACUAGCUAGAAGAAAUAUAUGUUUAAACCUGUGAUUUAAUAAGCUAUUUUGAAACCUUCAGCAAUACGUAGUAAAUGGAUUAAUGAAAUAGAUUAGAAAUAUUAAUCAAGUGACUAUUUUGGAAGUAUCAACAAGUUGUUCAUUGUUCCAAUUCAGUUUUUUUUAUGGUGUGCCGCAAGCAGUGAGUUUUUAAGCACCUGUUCUAAACAUUAUGCAACAAAAGUGAAUAUUUAGGAUUCUUUAUAAAGUAUCAGCAAUGGAAGUUGGUUAAAAGUGCUAUCGAAAGAUCUUUUUUGAGAAUCUGAUUCAGGUUUGUGCUAGAGGAAUACCUGCAGGGGGAAUACCCCUCGAAGAGGUUGAUUUUAGAAUGCAGAGUUCAAAUUUUGUAUCAUAAACCUACAGAAGAAAUGGGUUUUUUUAUGGAAUUGAGUUUAAGAACAGUUCUGAAAUAUCCCUGCUGCACUAUAAAAGCCUUUCAAAUCUUUUACUUUUAUCAGUAUUUGAAAUAGUAAGUUUGUUCAUUGUAAUGAAUCUUUGCAUGUGUAUGAGAAUAUUGGCCAAAAGAAGGACACUCCUGAUUUUAGACUACUAAGCACUUCAUUAAAAAUUUAAAGUGGGUAAAAUGCUGUAAUCUGAGUGUUUGGUUUCAGUAAUGGGUGGCAUCAAAAUAUCCACCUUAUGAGAAAUAACCUUAAAAAAUGAGUGGGCUCUACAAAAUAAUUUCAGCUUUAGGUCACCAAAACAAUAUUCUUAAAUAUUUUGGGUGUGGUUCAAAACUUUGAAAUUAGAACAAUCUGUUGUAAAGUGAAAGAUAAGGAUGUCGAAAGUUAUUUGUGAUACCAGCAGCCUGAUAUUCAGAGAAGUUGGAAUGACUUCAGAGAAUUGGUUUGGCUUAGUAGGUUAUUCAUACUUGCACAGGCAUAGGUGUAACUUAAUGACGGUACUGAUGUAUAUAUGAUGUUUAAUUCUAUUUGUAAAUGAGGAACUGUGUAACAAAAUCAUAGGUAUGAGGUUUUUCCUACUGUAAUUUAAAUACAGGUAUAUGAGGUUUAUGGCAAUAUGGUAAUGAAAUUUCGGGUCAAAUUGUCUUUAAAUUGUGUACAUUUUUAAAUUGUAAGAUUUCUACUGUAUAUUGAUCAUGCAUAGUGUGAUUCAAUAAAUUGCUUGUAAUUUAAAAACACUAUUUAAUAUUCCAAAUAAAUAUAGAUAUAUAUUUAUAA